AUGGUGAUUGCUGGUGCAUCUGAGCCAUCGCCAGUGCGCGCUGCCGCCUGGUCGGCUGUGGUCGCCCAGCCUCAGUCGGGGCCCGGAAAGGCGACCAUGCCGACGGAGCCCCCUGUACCGCCGGCUCCGACGCCCUCGACAGCAGUCGCUGAAAAGACUCUUCCCCACGCACCCGUGGAUCCCCUUGCCGUGUCGGGGGCUGGCCUGUCUGUUCCUGCGGCUGCUCCGUCCGCUCCGCCGGCUGCUCCUGUUCCCCUGGCCCUCUUCGUCGAGCCGUUGGUGCCUGCUCCUGCUGGGGGUAUUGCUGAUCCCCCAGUUCUUGUCCCUGGCGCGCCCGUUGCACCACCUACUUCUGUCCCCGACGCGCCUGUACCGGCUUCUGUUCCGUCGACAAAAGCGGCGUCCGCCACCACUGGCGGCCCGGCUCCGUCGGUUGCGCCCUCAGCGGCGGGGCAAUCCGCGCCUGCUGUGGCGCCGGUGGCCCUGGCAGGUCAGCCGUUACGUCUCCCGUCGCCUGACCGCCAACCGUCUCGCCCUCAUUCCCCCUCGGCCCACCAGGAUCGCAAGUCGUCUCGUCGCCGUCGUGAUUCUCUGCGGCGAUACCAGCAGCAGCCUCACUGGCCUGCUCGCCCCGGUGGUCAGGGGGACAAGAGGUGGUGGUGGGGGGUACCGCCCGCCGGUGACGAUGGCAGAUCUUCAGCCGGAAGUGUUCACAUCCCAACGGCUCCUGCUCCUGCUGCGUCCGCGCCCGCCUCUGGAGCGCGUCUUCGCUUGCCGCCGGUUCCGCCUGUUGCGGGGGUGGAAUUUGCGGCCGCUGGUGGCGGCGCGUUUGCGACGCAGUAUUCGCAUCCCGCUGAUGAGGAUCAGCCGCUCCUGUUCCUGGCGGAGGCGCUUCAGCCUCCGCAGAAUCGUGUUCCGGAGGCGACACUCGGCCAACUCCAUCGCCUCGCUGAGAGUCUUCACGCGCUGCUGCUGAUUCAGGUGGUUGCACAUUCGUCUCUCCCCGUAAUCCCUCCUGAGUCAUUCUGUGGCCGCCAGCGUGACACCUGCCUAGACGCGGCAGACCAGCUCGCGGUGCUCCUUGCGCCCGUGCUGGCUGCGCCCGCGGAGGGAGGCGCUGCUGCUGCGGGACAGCUUGACGAGGCUGUACGGGGCCUGAGGCGGCACUUGCGCGCUGGAUCUGGAGCCGCGGCGAUCGGCGCAAGCACGCUUGUGGUCCGGGAGCUGUGGCGCUCCCUGACGGGCGUUCUUCACGCCCUUGGAGCGCACCGCAUGUAG